ACGCGCGACAUUUUGAACAAAACAAAACACAAACAGCUGCUUUAUCUGACUUUAAAUCGUUAAAUCUGUACCCUCGACUGAAAGGAACGCCUGUAAGCAUUCAGACAUGUCUAAGAAAGCACCGAGAGCAACCUUGAAGUUUCAUAUGAAGAAGAACGCGGAUAUACGGAUUGGAAAAAACGCGGAUUUGAUGGCCCAGCUGAACCUUCUGGUUGUCCUACAUCGUCUGGCAGAGGAGUCAAGGGUCAAAGCCUUCGAGGAGAAAUCAGCAACUAUCAAAUCUCAUCAUGUCAGAGCUGUCGCCAAGAAACUGUUAAAGAGUGUACGUGGAUGAGCCAGAUUCACACUGGAACUGGACGGAUGAAGAUGGAUGUUUCUUUUUUUUAUAUGUUUGUAAGUGCUCAGACCUCAUAAUGCUCCUCUCACAGCUGUUCCUGUUUAAAAAAAACUAUUUUAAUAGUCACAUGAAAGUGUAGAUGAUAGAAAGUAUUGAAGUCAGAAAUCAAAAGCAGCUCUUCUGAUCAAAUUAUGACUUAAUUCCUGUUAAUAAACUGUUUGGAGCACUUAAGUUUGGUAACGUAGUUAAGAAACUGUGCAGAGGUUCUUUCCUCGCUCUGUAAAACAACAAGAUGUUUGGCUGGCGGCCAUCGACAACAGUUGGACCAUUAUCUGCGGCCGCACACGAAAGCAGGUUUUAGCUGGAAAGUUCACUCGGAUGAUGUUACGCUAUCCUGUGUUGACUCGGUGUCAAAUGCACCGCUUGUAAUGAGGGAGUAAUGAUUCGAUUUGAAAACAAAGUCUGUCUAACCUACCCACGAGAAAAUACUUGGGUAUAUUCUACGCAACCUGUCAAGAACAUUUGCGCAUCAUAUUCCAACCAAAUACAUUUUUUAAUUGUGAAAUUGUUUUCAUGUCAUUGCAGACGUUUGUGAGAUGAUUUUGCUUUCUCAUUUUAUUUUUUCCAAUGUUCAAUAAAUUCUUAUUUCAA